AUGCAUCGGAAGGCGCAGGCCACUGUGGAGGCCGCCGCUGACCUCGUUUCACUCAGCCUACCAAAUGACGCUUCCGAGAAAGGAGGCCAUAGCCGGCAGUGCGCACUCAAAGCAGAGGCGGAAAGGCUCACGGAAGCCUUUGAAGAGCAACAACGGCAACGUCUGUCUCCCGGGAUCCAUAAAAUACCUUCCGAAAGACAGAAAACCAUCCAAGACGAGUCAGACGAGAAAGAGAACAACGGCAACAGCAGUUGCCCACCUGGAUCUUCCGCUGCUAUUUGCAUUGGUCCCUUCAAGUUGUUUCGGAAACAGGGACCAGCCACUUGCCAGAAAAGGUUUAUCAGCAUGGAGAAACUCCAACAAGAAGUACAAAAAAGGAUGUGCAAUUGUUUCAGAGACAUGGCAGCAAUAAUCCGCACUUCUCAGGUCAUCUUUGAGGCAAGGGGAAUAAAAAUAUUAGAAGUACAGUCCAUGCUCAAGUACGAGUACGGCGACCUGCGAGUUCGACUGGACAGGAAGAUCACAUUUGCCAACCCGCUAGGUGAAUCCGAAAGCGACGUCGAAAGUGAAGAACCUCGAGAUAUCAACUAA